AGUGAAGAACUGUGCCUACAACCAUGAAAACCAUUUCCAGUCCAUUUCAACAGUGCUCAAAGCACUGGAAAACGAAGACCUUCAAAUGCUGGGAUGUGAUAUUAAAGAUUUUUUGGGGCGCAUAGGCAAUAUCUACUCUCGUUCUACAGAAUCUCAGAGUGCACAUUCAGAGAUAAAAAAGGCAUCAAUGUCUCCUUAUGAGAACGUCUGGCGGAGUUUUAGCUCUCAGUCCCCAUCUGAGCGUGAUGACUUCCUGAUUGGAUCAUUUCCUGAGGGCUUUCAGUGGGCCGUCUCCAGUGAGUCUUUCAAAGUGGAGGGUGGCUGGUCUGAAGAUGGCAAGGGGGAAACAAUAUGGGACCGUUUUGGACACCAGGGUCAUGUGUUUGAUAACCAGACUGCUGACCUGGCUUGUGACAGCUACAACAAGGUGGACUAUGAUGUGUACCUGCUCAGAGGUCUGCUCACUGACACCUUUCAGUUUUCCAUAUCUUGGGCCCGAAUCUUCCCUACUGGCCACAGGGGGAGCCUGUCAGAGAAAGGAGCCCUUUAUUAUGACAACCUCAUCAACACGCUCCUUCAGUCAAACAUAGAGCCCGUUGUCACCCUUUAUCACUGGGACCUUCCUCAGGCCUUACAAGACAAUGGAGGCUGGACGAAUCUCACUGUUGUGGAGGCUUUUAAAGACUUUGCAGACUUCUGCUUCUCCAGAUAUGGAGACAGAGUGAAGACCUGGAACACCUUCAGCAGUCCGUGGGUCGUGAGCCACUCUGGUUAUGGCACUGGUGAGCAUGCACCGGGAGUCAAGGACCCAGUAAUAUCAUCCUAUCAGGUGACCCAUAACAUACUGAAGUCCCAUGCUGAGGCCUGGCAUGUCUACAACGAUAACUACAGGAAACCGCAGGGUGGGAGAGUGGGCAUAGCUCUGAACUCAGACUGGGCUGAGCCUCUGAACGCUACAAGUCCUCAGGACAUUGAGGCAGCUGGACGCUAUCUGGACUUAAUGCUGGGCUGGUUUGCGCACCCCAUAUUCGUGGAUGGAGACUAUUCACCAAAGUUCAAGACUCAGAUUGAACAGAAGAAGCAAGAAUGUCAGCCCGUUGAGGUAGCAAGACUUCCUGUGUUCACAGAAGCUGAGAAACAGCGGAUCAAAGGAACAGCAGAUUUCUUUGGGCUGAACCACUACACCACCCGUCUUAUAAAUGGGAGUAGCGGACAGUGUGUUCCAGGACCUCAUGGUGUUGGAGACUUCCAGUCUCAUGUUGACCCCAGCUGGCCAAGUACAGGGUCUAGCUCGGUUCAAAUAGUACCUUGGGGACUUCGCCGUCUGCUCAACUACAUCUCAGCACAGUACACAUCAGUCACCAAGGUGCCAAUUCACAUCACUGGAACUGGGAUGCCAACAGCUUACGGUGGAAACGUACUCAAUGACGCCCAACGUGUAGAAUUUCUGCGAGGCUACAUCAACGAGGCACUGAAAGCUAUAACUGAAGAUGGACUUAACAUACAAAAAUUUACUGUUCAAUCAUUAAUGGAUGGAUUUGAAGGUCCUCAAGGCUACAGUGAGAGAUAUGGGUUAUACUAUGUAACUUUUGAAGACCUAAAUCGACCUAGAACCCCAAAGGAAUCCGCCUACUUCUACUCUGAAGUAAUACAAAAUAAUGGCUUCACAAGUGCGAUAGCAAGACAUACAAAUCAGGUUACUUUCCAACAACCCCAAACUAGUAAGAUUCCUUUACCACCAUCUGAAGUUCCAUCUAAAUCCAAAGUUGUUUGGGAGAAGUUUUCACAUCAGACCAACUUUCAGAGGAAGCUUUAUCACUAUGGAACAUUCCCUGAAGGAUUCCAGUGGGGUGUCUCCUCCUCAGCCUAUCAGAUUGAAGGUGCGUGGAACACAGAUGGAAAAAAACCAAGUGUGUGGGACACAUUCACUCAGAAGCCUGGGAACAUCCCAACCAGUGAAACUGGCAAUGUGGCAUGUGACAGUUACAAUAAGGUGGAAGAGGAUCUCUACAUGCUAAGAGCUCUAGGAGUGAAGUCCUACAGAUUUUCCUUGUCCUGGUCAAGAAUAUUUCCAGAUGGCCAAAGACCUUCUAUGAAUCAGAAGGGAGUAGACUAUUAUAAUAAACUGAUCAAUGGUCUCCUUGCCCAAAACAUCACCCCAAUGGUGACUCUCUACCACUGGGACCUUCCUCAGGCUCUACAGGACACUGGUGGGUGGGACAAUGCCAACAUGACUGACAUCUUCAAUGACUUUUGCGACUUCUGCUUUUCCACCUUUGGUGAUAGAGUCAAGUUCUGGAUCACAUUCAACCAACCUUAUACAAUUGCUUGGUUUGGUUAUGGACUGGGUCUGUAUCCUCCCAAUUCUAAAGAUCCAGGAAACGCCCCUUACAGAAUUGCACGCAAUCUCCUUAACGCUCAUGCAAAAGCAUAUCACACCUAUGAUGAUAACUACAGAUUAACUCAAGGAGGACUAGUGUCCAUCAGCCUCAAUGCAGAUUGGGUUGAGCCAAAAGACCCCAACGACCCUCGACAGGUAACUGCUGCUGACCGAGCCCUCCAGUUCCAGCUGGGCUGGUUUGCCCACCCCAUCUUCAAAAACGGCGACUACCCUGAUGCCAUGAAGUGGCAAGUUGGCAACAAGAGUGAACUUCAGGGACUUCCACAGUCCCGACUGCUAACUUUCACUGACCAGGAGAAGGCUUAUAUUCAAGGCACUGCUGAUGUCUUUUGCAUUAACUCCUACACAACAAAGGUUGUACGAUAUGUGACUACAGCACUCACUCCUGCAUCGUACGACACUGAUCAAGACAUUGGUAUGGAGGAUGAGCCAAAUUCUCCAACCACUCCUAUCGUAGGGCAAAGGGCUGUGUCAUGGGGCCUCAGAAGACUUCUCAACUGGAUCAAAGAAGAAUAUGGAGAUCCAGAUAUAUACAUCACAGAAAAUGGAAUGGCUUCGCUUCCUGGAAUAACAGUCGAUGAUACUGAUAGAGUGUUCUUUUUCAAAAUGCACAUUGAUGAGGCUCUGAAAGCUCAAAAUCUGGAUGGGGUAAAGGUGAAGGGCUACACAUUGUAUUCCCUCAUGGACCAAUUUGAGUGGCUCAGUGGCUAUGACCUGGGAUUUGGGCUUCAUCACGUUUCCUUCACAAACCCCCUCCGCCCCAGAACACCAAAGCGAUCUGCUCACCACUACCACAAAAUAAUUACGGAAAAUGGAUUCCCCGAAACCGAAGUGGAGAAAAUGUUGUAUGGGAAUUUCCGAGAAGAUUUUGCCUGGAGCACAGCCACAGCUUCUUACCAGACUGAAGGGGCCUGGAGAUCAGAUGGAAAAGGUCUCAGCAUAUGGGACAAGUUUUCUCAUCUUGCUGGAAAGAUUGGAAAUGAUGACAAUGGAGACAUUGCUUGCGACAGCUACAACAAAUACAUGGAGGAUAUAUCCAUGCUCAAGAGUUUAAACGUGGGUCAUUAUCGCCUCUCCAUAUCCUGGGCCAGGGUCCUGCCCGAUGGCACCACUAAAACCAUUAACCAGGCUGGGCUCAACUUCUACCAUCGUCUGAUUGAUGCGCUGCUGGCUGCUAAUAUCCAGCCUCAGGUGACCCUGUACCACUGGGAUCUUCCCCAGGCUCUGCAGGACAUGGGCGGUUGGGAGAAUGCUCAGAGCGUUCAGUGGUUCAAGGACUACGCAGAUUUCAUGUUUAAUAGCAUUGGAGACAAAGUGAAAUUCUGGAUCACUUUUAAUGAGCCAUACAUUGUGGCUAAUUUAGGAUAUGGUUAUGGUAACUUUGCACCAGGUGUUAACAGACCAGACGUAGGGCCUUACAAUGUUGCUCAUAACUUAAUCAAGGCCCAUGCUGAGGCCUGGCAUCUGUACAAUGAUAACUAUCGGGCCAAGCAAGGGGGCGUAAUCUCCAUAACACUCAAUUCUGACUGGGCAUACCCUCGAAACCCAGCCAAGCAAGAAGAUGUAUAUGCAGCCAAUCGUUACGUCCAAUUCUUCCUGGGAUGGUUUGCUCACCCAAUUUUCAAAGGCGACUACAGUGAGCUGAUGAAGGAAGCUGUUAAAGAGAGGAGCCUCUUAGGGGGCUUAACCAAGUCAAGACUUCCAGAGUUUACACCCGCAGAAGUACAAAGGAUCAAUGGCACCCAUGACUAUUUUGGACUAAACCACUAUACAUCUGUCUUGUCCUUCAUGGUAGAUUUUGGAGAUCAGCAGAACUAUGACGCUGACAGAGGGACGGCUGCCAUCUCUGAUUGGACCUGGAUAGAAUCUGGCUCUGCCUGGUUGAGGAUAACUCCUCACGGCUUCAGAAACCUCCUGAGAUUCAUCAAGGAUGAGUAUGGGAACCCUCCCGUAUAUGUCACAGAGAACGGUAUCUCAGAAAAUGGCCCUGUAGAUCUCAAUGAUAUACACAGAAGCCACUACUAUGAAAGUUACAUCAAUGAGGCCUUGAAAGCUUACCUGAUCGAUGGUGUGGACAUGCGUGGCUACACAGCCUGGUCUCUGAUGGACAACUAUGAGUGGGCUAUGGGCUAUGAGGAACGGUUUGGCCUCUUCUAUGUUAACCGCUCUGAUCCCAACCUUCCACGUGUACCAAAGGAGUCCACCAAGCGCUACAGCAGCAUCGUCCGCUGCAAUGGAUUCCCCGAUCCCUCUCAGGGUCCUCAUGAGUGCCUCAAUCCUGAGCCGCAAGGGACGUCCUCUCCUACCACCACCGCCAUUCCAGUGAAGCCAGCAGCGGUCAAAUUUCUGGGUAUGGAGGUGUCACCUCCUGAUGCUACGAGGGCUCUAAAUGUUCUUUUCGCCUUCUCCAUUCUUGGUGUUUUAGGUGCAGCAAUCAUGACCUAUCAGUGUUUCGGUGCCACUAAGAAGUCAAAACAACCUGCCGAUGAAGGCGUGUAUGAGAACACAAGCGCCCUUUAGUUUUUCUUCCAUCUUAUAUCAAAAACAGUAAUCUGACUACACAAAUGUUAAGCAAUCAUUAAACUGGUGACAUAGUCAGUGCUCUUCUAUAAACUAUCCUUUAGGUGGCAGUAUAAGACAACUCUACACUUUCUCUAUGGAGGCGUAACUUUAAAUGAGAUCACAGUUUGUAUUUGUAUUUUCUUGAGCAAAACUGAAACACAAGAUACACAGACCUAGGCUAAAGCACAAAGCAGUGGAUUGAUUGACUGAUUAAUUCCUAUACAGACAGUAAAUUACAGAAAGAU